CAGCUCACUACAGGCAGUACGAGCACGCCAGCACACUUAGCUUUGUUUUCUUCUGUCUGAAGAACUUGCAGCGCCUUGUGCAGGACAGGAAAAAGAAAUCGCCAUAGCAACCGGGGAGGAUUCAGGUUGGAAUAUUUGAGGAAUCUAGGACACCUUUGUUCUCUAAAGUUUUACAAGUCGCAAGAUCCGAUGAAUUCGCAGCACUGGCACUUAACCACCAAUUAGAGGAUUUUUGGCUGGACUCUGCAAAAAGCUAAGCCUUAUCCUGCAGUUUGGAACCUGCCAGCCCACAUUACCCACAUUCUGUUGAGUCCGGGACCUUUAGGUGUAAACACAUCCUUCGGUGUCAGCCUCCUCUCUUCCUUCCCCUCCCAAACACCAAAGUCCUCCACUCUCCCCCAAUCCUCUCACCUGACAGAAGUCUGAACUGACACUGGGACUGAGUAUUCAUCUCCUUCUAGACCCGUGGUGCUCACCUGUGGAGCUAACUUCUCUCCUGUUGGUGGACAAACCCCACUGUGUGUAAUUCUCUGUCCUCACGUCUUCUCUGGGGACUGGCCUGGAUUCCUCCUAAGUAUAUCCUCCUAGGCUUGUGGAGCUCACCAGUUGGAGCUCUUCUGGUUGGUGGUGGACACCACUGGCUCUCCUACCUCUACACCUGCUUCCCCAGUUGGAGGUGUUCUUCUCCCGUUGUGCUGUGUGUGGAGUUUGAAGCGCCAGGAUGCUGCAGCAGAUCCUGAAGGACAUGUACAUCGAGCCGGAGGUGCUGGAGGCUCUGAGUGAGGAGCAGAAGAAGAUCCUCUUCCUGAAGAUGCGGGAGGAGCAGGUGCGGCGCUGGAAGGAGCGGCAGGCGGACGAGGAGAAGGAGAACACGCGCAGGCCCAAGAGAGGCAGCAGGAAGAGCGUGAGCUGGCUGCUGGGUGGCGAUGGAGAGGUCCUGGUGCGUGUGAUCGGAGGAGAACAAGACAAAGAAAAGUCCCCAAAGCGUCUCCUGGCAGAGCUCCGGCAGAAUGGAAGCCUUCGCAUCAGAAACAACAACAACAGUGAACCAGUCAGGAGUAAUCAAGUUGAUCAGAAUAGCAUUCAGCUCUUAUUGAAGAAAUCCGAGGAGUGCAGUGUGCCGGAGAGGAGCAGUGCGGUGGUUGCUGCCCCAGAGGAGCCGAGGCAGGAGGCCACCGAUCCCACAGCCCUCCGCAGCAGCAGCAGCAGCCAGCAGGACCCCAAGGAUGACUCCGAUGACUCGGGCACCGCCGAGGACGACCUUAAAGACCCCUCGGAGGAGGAGAAUUCGGGCAGCGCGUCGGAUGACCUCAGCGACUCGGGCAUCUUUGUCAAAUCCCACUGCAGGGGCCCUGGCCUGUCAAUCAAUGGCGGCAGUAAGCCCCGGUCCCUAGGCACCCAAUCAGCUGUCAAGGAGAGGCCGUCCAAGGAGAAACCCCUCCCCCAGGAGAGUCUGAGAAAAGAAAGAGAUGCUUCAACUGCUACCUCUUCUGCCUCAUCUUCCUCCACCACAACCACUCCUUCUUCAUCGUCCUCCUCUGUAACCACUCCAUCCUCAUCGCCCCCCCAAGUGACCACCCCAUCCUCGCCUUCCUCCCCUGUGACUACCCCAUCCUCGCCUUCCUCCCCUGUGACCACCCCAUCCUCAUCCUCACCCCAAGUGACCACCCCAUCCUCGUCUUCACCGUCUGUGACCACCCCAUCCUCAUCCUCACCCCAUGUGGCAACCCCAUCCUCAUCUUCUUCCCAUGUGACAACACCAUCCUCAUCCUCACCCCAUGUGACCACCCCAUCCUCAUCCUCACCCCAUGUGACCACCCCAUCCUCAUCUUCUUCCCAUGUGACCACCCCAUCCUCAUCUUCCUCUUCCUUCGCCUGCUAUGGCAGCCGUGUGGCCCAGCUGAGACGCAGCUUUGCGGGUGGCAAACCUCCGCUGCCUGCCAAGCCAGCUCACCUGCAGCGACCAUCAGUUCCAGCUUCAUGAUGAGCCACGCACGCGCACGCGCACACACAUGCAAACACACACAUGUGCACACGCACGCACGCACACACACACACACACACACACACACACACACACACACACACACACACACACACACACACACACACACACACACACACACACACACACACACACACACACACACACACACACACACACACACACACACACACACAGAGUAUAUAGCCGACUUGUAAAUGAUACAGACCCAGAUAAAAAUGCACUCACACUCACUAUCCAUAAACAGAUGUACAUACUCUAUGCAUGCAUACCUUAACUGCAUGUGUACAAUUGCCAAUGAAGAAGUCACAUACACACUCAAACAGACACUCAAAGGCAGUACUCAUUAAUCGACAGUAAAUAGUGCAGCGGUGCUCAACUGGCAGACCCAGGUCCGGAUGCGGACCCAAACGCAAUUUCAUCCGGACCAAGACAAAAUCCAUCUGUAUUUAAUAUGUAUAAAUUAUACAUGAGAUUUCGCUGCAAUGCGAUCUAUAGGUGUAUUUUGCCAGUCUUAUGACAAAUAAAAGUAUCAUCACUAUGACAACUCAGUGAGUGAGCAAGAGGCCAGUUCGGCCAGCGAGUGAGGCUAUUUUCUGCAUCGGUCCGUAGCGACUUUUUUGGACCCUGGAAACAUACGAAAUUUGGCAAGUGGACCUUUUCAGUUUCUAGUUGAGCACCCCUGAAAUAGUGCCAUAAAUGAUUAUGGGGGCAGGGAAAUGCCGAUGUAAAUAGAUAAUGGGAAAAGACACAUACUACUGUAUGCACUCAAAAACACACAUCUUCAAAUAGUUUCAUCCUCUGCUUAAAUCUUACCCAGUGCUCCAAGGACUCCAAAGAAUGAAAUGCAAAGACGGUACGAAUAUGUCUGUAUAGCCUUAUUGCCAUCGAUACACAUUGAGUACGUGCAUUACUUGGGCCUGCUGUAUACUGUGACAAUGACUGUACAACCAUAGACUUCUACAUGAAUUGUAUAAAUGUGUACGUAUGCUGUCUGUAAGAUGAAAAUAUGGACUUGUGGAUGCUUGCACACAGGUUGAAUGGGGUCAACAGACGUACAGUAAUUGUUGGUCCUUCUCUCUGAAUGUAUACUCAUGAAGUUUACGUGCCAAUUUGAUGGCAGUGCAGUACCAAUGUACUGCUGCCCACCACUGCACUGAUGUGUGUGUGUGUGUUUCCUCCAUUUGUGUAAAUCUUUUCUUUCUUUCUUAAGUUCCUUUCGUAUGUUCUCUGCUCCUCCAUGCAGGAGCUCGGAGGCCAAAGUGUGUAUAGUUUUUAUAAUGUUUAUAUGGGUUGUUUAGAAGAAAUAAAAGACUGUUACAGGUC